UUCAAAAAAAAAAAAAAAAGUCAAUCGAAGACCUUUUCAUACUCUUGCUUUGUCAUCUCGCUAACCACAAGAAUCUUUCUCCGUUGGGAUGCCGCGCGUUCCUCUUGUAAUCGGAACCGUCAAGAGAGGGGAAAAAACUAUCUGAUCAUUUGCUGGUUGCUAAGAUCAGAUGGAGGAUGUAAUGAAUACACUUGAGAUGCCGCUUGGUUGGAUUAUUCAUGUCUCUACUCACCAUCCCUAUGGCAAACUUGAUAUUGGGUCGUGUGUGGGAGAGCCCAUGAGACUCGGAGAGCUGCCACAGCUCAUCAGGUUUGGCUCCAAAGAGAAGACAUCUAAGCAGGAGCAGAGAGACACAGGCACCAAGCCACUUUUCAAUGAACGGAUUGUGUUCCCCAGCUUGAAGGAAUUGCGCUUGUCUAGAAUCAACAUUAAAAGGAUAUGGCCUAUUCAACUCGCAACAUCUUAUUUGGGUCCGAGCUUGAGAAUAUUGAUUGUUCAUCAUUGUGGUAAUUUGAAGUAUCUACUAUCACACUCUGUAGCUAAAUGUCUAGUGCAGCUCAGGCAUGUUGAGAUAAUUGACUGUUGGAGCAUGAUACAAGUUGUUGAAGCAGAGGAAAAGCUAUACGAAAUAGGAUAUAUGAUUUCCUUCCCUUCUCUAAUCUCCCUGGAGAUAAGAAAUCUUCCAGAGCUCACUGGAUUCUACUCAGGAAAUGAUAGUAUUGUAUUCCCAUCCUUAGAAGAAGUAACUGUGAAAUGCUGCCCCAAUAUGAAGAUCUUCUGUAAUGGAGUUCUUGAAACCCCAAAGCUUAGGAAUGUACAGAUAUCUGAAGGGGAACAUAUAGAUUGUCGGGUGGGAGAUCUUAACACCACCAUUCGGCAGUUCUACAUAGAAAAGUUAAAGAAAAGGGAUAAAGCUGAAAGCGAAGGUGAGCUUAAGGUAGAAGUUGGAAUAUCAAGCAAACAAGGAGAGGAGGCUGUACAGCAGGAAGCAAUGCUAAAAGAGAAAAAAAUUGAGAUCUUAUUAUCAUCACCAAUUGAUAUGUCUAGCCCUGCAAUUAAAUAUGAAAAAGAUCAGAGAGCUGCACCAGAAAUAUCCGAGGAGAUCAAUGAAGCAGAAGGGAUUUCAGAACGUGAUCCUGAAUUUGGAAAGAUACAGCACUUAUCUGAUGAUGUUGAAGUGACUAGAGAAAGAACAAGUACUCCAGUUGAGAAACCCUUGUCGGCAACAGAACAUGUGCCAUCUUUGGCAGCAGAAAAUCUGGAGAUUAUUCCCGAUGAAAAUGAAGGGACAUUCUCUAGCCAUGAAAUAGAAAUGGAGGCUGCACAUCGUCAGAAGGAAAAAGGUCAUAAUGUUUUUGAAGAGACAGAAAAAGUCAGUCAACCGAGUGAACCUGCUCCAACAUUGACAUUAUCCACGCCUAGUACUAGAGAAAUAGUGGAACCAGUUGCAGCAAUUCCUUCCACAAAAGAUGAUAAUCCAGUAAUGGAUGAAGCAGAGGCUGAGAUUCUUAGAGUACCUGCAAUGACAAAUAUUGAGCACAGUGUGUCAAAGAUCUUGGAAUGCAUGGGCAGUACUGAAACAGUAAGAAGACUUGCUGUUUAUGGAGUUUGUGGGGUGGGCAAGUCCAGUGUGCUGAGAGCAUUGGUCAAUAAUCCCGAAACAAAGCACAAGUUUGAUUUGAUCAUUUGGGUGACAGUCUCAAAAUACUGGAGCAGAAGGAAGAUACAAGAUCAAAUUAUACAGCAGUUGCCCCCUGCAUCUUCCAAUGCUGAACCAUUCCAAGUUUUGAAGGGCAAAAAGUUUUUGCUUCUGCUGGACGAUGUUUGGGAGUGGAUUGAUCUACACGAAAUGGGCAUUCCUGAUCCCAGCCAAGAAAAUGGUAGCAUGAUGAUACUUUCAACUAGAGAAUUGAAGGUUUGUCAUGAUAUGGGGAAGAUUGGAGUCAUCGAGAUUGAACCUGUCUCCAAAGAAGAAGCUUGGACACUGUUCCAUGAGCAAGUGGGUGGGGUAGUUGACUUGCCAAGUAUCAACUACUUUGCAAAAGGUAUAGUUGAAGGGUGUUGUGGACUGCCUUUGUUAAUUAUUGUUACUGGAAGAGCCCUGGCUGAUGAAGAAAAUGUCACUGAAUGGAAGCAUGCUUUCAAUGAAUUUUCGGAGCCUGGUAGAGAUGUCAAAUCCCGUAUGGAGGACCUAAUCCAGCUGCUAAAAUUCAGCUUCUACCGCCUGAAGUCUCGCAGCUUAAAGAGUUGCUUUCUUUAUUGUGCCUUGUUUUCAGAAGAUCAACAGAUGAACACUAGCGAAUUUGUAGAUUAUUGCAUCCAAGAAGGUUUAAUUGCUGGAAGUUGGUCUGAUGCAUUUGAGAGGGGACAUGAUAUUCUUGAUGCUCUUCUGCGUGCUUUACUGUUGGAAACUACUGAAGGUGGUCGAUUAAUCAAAAUGCGUGAUGUAAUGAGAGAUUUAGCGUUGGGAAUCUUGUCAUCAGACACUGAACUCUGUCAGUUUCUGCAGAGAACUUAUUCAAAACCAUUGAAGCCAGAAGAUAGAUCCUCAUCCACUAGCGCUGAUGGUCAGUAUUUAUCAAGAGUUGUUGCAGGUCUAACUGAGCCACCUACGGAGAAAGAAUGGGAACAAUCCGAGAUUAUGUUUUUGAUGAAUGAUAAGUUGUCCGCUCUGCCUGACAAACCAAGUUGCCCUAAACUUGUCACAUUGUUUCUGCAAGAACUAUCAGUUGAGAGGAACUAUCAGUUGAGAGUGUUACCCGAUCUUUUCUUUCACAACAUGCCUCUCCUUAAAUUGUUGAACCUAUCCAAGACUAGAAUCAAGUACUUGCCCAAGUCAAUUUCAAAUCUUAAAGGACUAGAAACACUUAUUCUUCGUGAUUGCGAACGCCUAGUCAAGCUCCGCUCUGAAGUUGGAUCUCUUAAACAUCUUCAAGUACUUGAUCUUCGGGGCACGGAGAUCAUUGAAUUACCUAAAGAGAUUGCUCAGCUGAACUCUCUAAGCUACUUGGAAGUAUCCUUCUAUGGAUCUAGCACCAACAGCAAGCAUGCUAAGCUGCCACCUGGAUUGAUUUCCGAACUUGAAGCAUUGGAAACACUAAGCAUAAGUGUGUACCCAGGAGAUAAUUGGUGGAAUAAGAGUGUCGAAUCCUUCAUUAAGGAAGUGAUCAACUUGAAAUUGUUGACUUCUCUUUCCUUCUAUUUCCCAGAGGUCAAGUUUCUUGAGCAGUUCCUCGGAGAAAGUGCAUCCUGGAAGGAAGAAAGCUUAACAGAGUUCAAAUUUGUUGUUGGCGCUGACAUCAAGUUUAAUGCAUCACGAGUCCCACAGUAUGUAGAGCUGAAUUAUGGUCUAAUAUCCAGUCAAUGCUUGAGAUUUGUCAACAGUGAGAAGAUACCUGAUGCAAUUGUUAAUGUGUUGGCUCGAUGUACUGCUUUUUAUUUAGAUCAUCAUCUUGACGUCCACAGGCUGUCUGAGUUUGGGAUUGGCAACAUUAAGAAGUUGAAAUAUUGUAUAAUAAGUGAAUGUCCCGACCUUGAAACUAUUGUGGACAGCGAGGAGGGAACUGAGAGUGUAUCAUGCCUGGAGUACUUAAGUAUUCAUUAUUCAUGGAGUUUGACAAGCAUUUGGAAGGGUGUUGUCCCCAAAGGAAGCUUUGCAGCUUUACGAACUUUGUCUUUGUAUGCAUGCCCAAAGUUGACUUAUGUUUUCAAAAGCUCAAUGCUGCAAUUCAUUUCCAACUUAGAAGAGUUGCUGGUUGAUGACUGUGAAGCAAUCGAAAAGAUCAUUUCUAUGGAAGAGGUCAAAGAAUCUUGUUGUAUUUCACUCAAAAGUUUAACACUUCAGUAUCUUCCUAAAUUGGUUCAUAUUUGGGAAGAUGCUCAGACUAGGCUCUUGUUUGAAUACAUUAGUGUCUACGAUUGCCCUCAGUUGAAGCAGAUUUGUAAAGACUUGGAGUUGAAACAGACUCUGAAGGAAAUAAGAGCCGAAAAGGAUUGGUGGGAUGAAUUAGUGUGGGAGGAAAAUGGAGUUCGCUUGCAUUUUGAAGCCAUUUUUACUCCUAUCGGCGAGGGUGAUGUACAUAGUUCUUAAGACUUCCUAAGUUGUGAGGUUGUUCUGCCAAACAUACAAUGAAUCCAGGCUGGCAGCUUGCUAAGGAUCAGCAUAUAGCAAUGAUAGAAGAGACUGCUGCUUCUGCCAUUGAAAGGUCCAUAAUACAGCUGUUGUGAUGUAAAAGGCCUCUUCUGGUACCAGUCCGUAUGGCAGAAUCUAGUGUAGGGAAAGAAAAGAAGAGACGCUUCAGAGUUUCCUUUCCAAUAUGCCUGCGGAUCCUUCUCAAACGGCCAUGAAAAUGGGAUUGGUUACAUGGUUGUUGCUGAUAUGCACCUCUUUUCUGACGUGCAAAAAUAUGAUCAACUAAAAGUUAAAACAACAGCUGCGUGUGCUUUUUAUGUGUGGAUAAAUUGUAGUUUUAUUAUCCAAGAAGCAGCAAAUCAAAGCUACUGUAAAGCAGUUUGUACAAUUUGUAUCACAUCACUUAUUUGCAUUACUAAUAUCUCUCAUUCAUCAUCUUGUUUACACUA